CAAGUUAAAGGAUUUAAUAUGAAGCACAGAAACAGAUAAUGCCAAAAAGCAAGCAGUAGUUGGUACACAUUUCUGGAAAAGCAGUUUCCGUGUUGUUUCGUACAACUCCAAAAAAAUUCAGAUCUGUAGCGGAAUUGUUGUGUAAAGUAAACUGAACUACAGGGAGGCAGUAUUCUAAUAGCUAUUAUAAACGUGUAUUUACUGUAUUAAAAAUGAGUAAAAGAACAAGCAAUGACACAUCACUAGGAAGAGUGAGUGGGGCAGCAUUUCCUUCUCCCAGUGCUGCUGAGAUGGCGGAAAUUAGUCGAAUUCAAUAUGAAAUGGAAUACACCGAAGGUAUUAGUCAGCGAAUGAGGGUCCCGGAAAAAUUAAAGGUAGCACCACCAAAUGCUGACCUGGAACAAGGAUUCCAAGAAGGAGUUUCAAAUGCUAGUGUGAUUAUGCAGGUUCCAGAGAGAAUUGUUGUAGCAGGAAAUAAUGAAGACAUUCCAUUUUCAAGACCAGCAGAUCUUGACCUUAUACAGUCAACUCCCUUCAAACCUCUGGCACUAAAAACACCACCUCAUGUACUUACGCUAAGUGAAAGACCACUAGAUUUUCUGGAUUUAGAAAAACCUCCACCAACCCCUCAAAAUGAAGAAAUCCGUGCAGUUGGCAGGCUAAAAAGAGAGCGCUCUAUGAGUGAAAAUGCUGUUCGCCAAAAUGGACAGCUGGUCAGGACUGACUCCAUACCUGUGUUGCGUGGUGGGUCUGCUGCCGCCACCUCUAACCCUCAUCAUGACAACGCCAGGUAUGGCAUUUCAAAUAUAGAUACAACGAUUGAAGGAACCUCAGAUGACAUGACUGUUGUAGACGCAGCUUCAUUAAGACGACAGAUAAUCAAACUAAAUAGACGUCUACAACUUCUGGAAGAGGAGAACAAAGAACGUGCUAAAAGAGAAAUGGUCAUGUAUUCAAUUACUGUAGCUUUCUGGCUGCUUAAUAGCUGGCUCUGGUUUCGCCGCUAGAG